CAUUGGCGUUAGUAAUCUCUUCCAUAUUCUCUGGAGUAACCUAUAAUCGUUGAACCAUCCAGUUCUGUUGGUGUUGCUAGAUUGAAUUUGUUUAACUUUCAAAUAAUUCGUUGAUGCUUGCGGAAGAAAAAAUAUUCCAUAUCCUUGCCGUUUUUUGUUAAAAGGCGACUCAAAAAAAAUAAGAAACUAUAUUGAGACAUCUUACAUAUUUGGAUAAAUUUCGGUGAAAGAACAAUGGCCGUUGAUAUCAGUCCCGAAAAAAAUGGAGGAAUCCUCAAGGAAAUCACGAAAAAUGGAGAAGGAGUCGAAACGCCCAGCACAGGUUGUAAAGUAGUUGUUCAUUACACCGGAAAGCUUCUUGAUGGAAGCAAGUUCGAUUCUAGCAAAGACAGGAAUCAACCCUUUUCAUUCAAUCUUGGACGAGGUGAGGUAAUUCAAGCAUGGGACAUUGGUGUUGCUACCAUGAAGAAGGGUGAAGUGGCAGUUCUCACAUGUGCUCCGGAAAAAGCUUAUGGAAAGGGUGGAAUGCCCCCCAAAAUUCCGCCGAAUUCCGUCCUUGUAUUCGAGAUCGAAGUUUUGAGUUGGACUGGUCACGACAUAAGCCGCCACAAGGAUGGUAGUAUUGAAAAGUUCCUAAUGACAGCCGGACAUAAUGAAAGUUUCCCAACUGAAGGAUCAUUGGUGGAUGUUCAUGUCAUUGGGAAAUAUAAUGGCGAAAUAUUUGAGGAAAGAGACGUUGAAUUUAACCUCGGGGAAGGUGAGGAAGCAGGAAUAAUUGAAGGCAUCGAAGACGCACUCGAAAACUUCAAAUCUGGAGAGACAUCCCGCCUUAAAAUCAACAGCAAAUACGCCUUCGGUAGUAGUGGGAAUAAAAAGUUUAACAUUCCGAGUGACGCUGAUGUUGAGUACAUUGUGACGUUAAAGAGUUUCGAACAGAGUGUCGAUAUUCGGAGUUUAGAACCAGCCGAAAAGCUACAGCAAGCGAAAAUUCAUAAGGACAAAGCUACCAACUACUUCAAAGCAGGAAAAUACCAAUUAGCAAUCAAAAUCUGCAAGAAAGCAGAGGAAUGUCUCGAACUGUGCGAAGAUGCAGCAGGGACGGUCGAAAAGGAACGUGACACGCUUCGUUUAUCUACGUUCCUUAAUUUAGCUUUAUUUUAUCUAAAAAACGGCCAAUAUCUCGAAGCAAAAGGAGCUUGUGACAGCGUUCUGAAAUUAGAUCCGCAAAACGAGAAAGGAUUAUUCAGAAGAGGACAAGCUCAUGUGGCUUUAGCAUCUCCAGAAGUCGCUCUCCAGGACUUCCAGGAGGUUCUGAAAAUUGAGCCUAAAAACACAGCUGCUCUCAAAGAAGCAGUUGUUUGCCAAAAUUUGAUACAAAAAAAUCGUGCAAGAGAGAAAAAACUUUAUGCCAAUAUGUUUGAUAAAUUCGCUCAGGCUGACAAACAGAGGGAGGAGGACAAGCGGAAGCAGCAGCCUGAUGUGAUGCUAGGUACUCUAGGUGAAUGGGGACAGGAGGAAAGACCAGGAGGCCGAGACGCAACGGCUUUCGAAAAAGAAAAUCCCAAUAUUCUUAUGCUGAACGCAAAUGGCGACGGUGAAUUCCAGAACAUGUGAACCCGAAACAUCAAAACAUAAUAUAUAUACUAGCAUAUUCAUUCAUGGAUACCAACUUUGUGAAUAAUUGAUUAAAUCAACAUUCAGAAUCCCAUA